GACCGAUAGCGGACGGACGGACUAUAAUAUUAUAGCCUAUUGCCUAAAGGUAGUAGGUGUUCUGUUUGCUAAAGAUAAUAAUUAUUAUAAUAUAAUAUUACUUAUGUGUUUAUACAGUAAACACUACAGUAUACACAUAACACACAGAGAGUAGAGUAUGAGUCAUCUCAGUCCUCAGAUCACCUCGACCGACUCACCGUUAAGUGCCGUCUAUACGGUACAACCGUACUACACUACUGCGGCGGCUUACAAGCUAUUUCCUGCCACUUUCCCCUUGAUUCUUCUUCCCUCUUCGAUUUUUGUACCGCGACCUAAUACAGUAAUACCCAUACACAUGGAUCCUUGCGCAUACAUGACGACUGACGGUUCAACCACGUAAAAUCUUAAAUGGCAAAAUGAAUGUUUAUGAUUGUUGACAAUACAUGACAUAUAACGUGUACUUGAUGAUAUUAUGUAUGUCGUAUGUAAAUGUAUUUUUACGAUCGUCGCGGAAAUGCCAUAAAUUACCUAUUGCUAUUGAGUCGGGCAUGAAUUUGAAUGUUCAGUGAUUACAUUAAACAACGAAUUAGUAAUAUUAUAACAAUAAAAAAAAAAAAUCGUGUAUUGUCUAUAUAGUCUAUAUCGUAAUAUAUUUUGGUUCGAUGAUGAUGCGUUAUACUCUCGUACAAAAUAAUUAAUAAAUAGAUAAAUUACACUAUACAGUCAUCAAAUAUAUUAUACGAAAUCAUUCACACAACUGAGUUAAAUAUGGAUUUGGUUAAAAAUGGCAUUUUAUUAAGCAAAAAUUCCGUUAAUAAUUUAUUUGGGCAACGUGAACCUUGGCAAGUUGCUUCUAUCACAGCAUCCAGUGUAUUAACAUCUAUUUGGCUAUGGAAUUUUUUAUUUCAAGAUGAAAGUUUGUAUAACAGAUUAAAAAAAUUUACAUUUACCCAAAUAAAAAAAAUACCAAAAUUCAAAAAACAAGUCGAAGAAGAAACUAAAAAAAUUUCGGACUUAUUUGAAAAUGAAGUAAUCGAAAAUACUAAGAGUGAAAAAUAUGUUGUUGAACUCCCAUCACAAGGAAUUUCUCGAGAUGAAUUAAUUAAAACUGUAAAUAGGUAUUUAAAUCUUGGUAAAUACAAUUGGAAAGAGGGGUUUAUUUCUGGUGCCAUAUAUUAUUAUGACGAAGAAUUAAUUAAGUUACUCACUGAAAUAUAUGGACUUGCUUCAUACACAAAUCCUUUACACUCAGAUAUAUUUCCAGGAAUUUGUAAGAUGGAAGCAGAAGUUGUACGUUUAGUUUUAAAUCUAUUCCAUGGGGAUUCAAAUUGUUGUGGAACAAUGACAAGUGGUGGAACAGAGUCAAUUGUAAUGGCAUGUAAAGCUUAUAGAGAUUUUGGAAGAAAUGAAUGUGGUAUUAAAAAAGGUGAAAUAAUAGUUCCACGAUCAGCACACCCUGCAUUUGAUAAAGCUGCUUCUUAUUUUGGUAUUAAAAUUAUACACAUUAGUUUACAUCCUGAUACUUAUACAGUAAAUUUAAAAAAAAUGGAAAAUGCAAUAACUAAGAAUACAUUACUGCUAGUUGGAUCAUUUCCUAAUUUUCCAUAUGGAACAUCAGAUGAUAUAGAAGCAAUAUCAGCUUUGGGUCUUAAAUAUAAUAUUCCAGUCCACGUUGAUUGUUGUUUAGGUGGUUUCAUAGCAGCAUUUAUGCCACAAGCUGGUUUUCCAUUACCUCCUUUUGAUUUUAAUUUGCCUGGUGUUACAAGUAUAUCUGCUGAUACACAUAAGUAUGGAUAUGCACCUAAAGGUUCAUCAGUUAUAUUGUAUUCAGAUAAAAAAUAUAGACAUAACCAAUAUUAUGUAUGCACAGAAUGGCCUGGUGGGCAUUAUGGUUCACCAACUGUUAGCGGAUCAAGGUCUGGGGGUAUAAUUGCUGCAUGCUGGGCCACAUUAAUGUAUUUUGGUAUGAAUGGCUAUAUUACUUCAACGAAGGAAGUCAUGGACACUAAAAUAUUUAUCGAAAAACAAUUACGUAGUAUGAAAGGUAUUUUUAUCUUUGGAAAGCCUACUACGUCUGUGAUAGCAAUAGGUUCUGAUGAUUUUAAUAUUUAUCGACUAUCUGAUGCAUUAAAUUCAAGAGGUUGGAAUUUAAACACUUUACAAUUUCCAAUUGGGAUUCAUAUUUGCAUUACACAUUUACAUACAAAACCCGGUGUAGCCUCAUUAUUUAUCGAAGAUUUAAGACAAGAACUAAUUGAAAUAUUAAAAACUCCUAAUGUUGAACUCACUGGAAAAAUGGCUAUGUAUGGAAUGUCCGCCACAUUGCCAGAUAGAACUAUAGUUGGUGACAUCACAAGAUAUUUUAUAGAUGCUAUGUAUUAUACUCCAAAAUAAUACAUUUUAUAUGUUGGUAUAAGUAUAGUAAAUUAUUUCUGUAAUUUUAUAUUAUCUGCAGUAAUUAGAAUGAAAUAUAUCAAACUUAAUUUGUAAAAUACCAAUUUAUUAACAUUUAUAUUUUUGGCAUUAAAAAUUAGUUAACUAAAAAAUUAUAUAUUUUAUACAUGUUUGCUGAUACAAGGUAUCUAAUAUACAGCUACCAAUUUUUUAUUACAUGUUGGCAAUCAUACAAUAUUUCAGUUUCUAUGCAAGUAUGUGUGUAUAUGAUCUAUAAUAUUUAAAAAUAAUCAAAUAUCGUAUAAUCUUUGUAACGUCGUAAAAAUACCAAUAUACAAUUAAUACUCAUAAUGUUCUUAAGAGGAUGUCAGCGCACUAUUUGAUUUCUCUUUCUGACCCACGCGCAACAUAAACAAAACGCAUUUGCGCAGAAUCGGUUUUUCUAUGUUUUUAAGUAAUUUUAGAGUAAAAUCACCCAUUACAAAAAAAAUAGGGAAUAAUAUUUUAGAGAGAUAUCGGUUUUGUCUAUGUUGCGCGUGAGCUAGAGAGAGAAAACAAAUAGUGCGCUGACAUCCUCUUAACUUUUUUGUUAUUAGGUCAAUUCACUCUAAUAUAAAAUAUUAAAGCUAUAACAACUAAACUACACAGGAUUGGUUUUAUUAAAUGCAAAUUUGGUAUGUUGUGUGUUGUGUGUUGGUUAGAGAAACAAAUAGUGAACCUUUAUUGAAAACAUUGAAUUUUAAUAUCUCAUUAUGUUAACAUAAUAGUACAGUUUAAAAGUUUCAAGCCCACAUGAAUAAUAUUUUUAAAUUAGGUACAACAAAAUAAAUAAAAUCAUUAUUCUUUGUUAGAAAAUCUAAUUCAAUCCAAUAUUAAACCUAGAAUAUCUAUGCAAAAAAUUUUAGCCAUAUAUUUUUUAGAUUGUAUUAAAAUGUUAUACCUAAUAGCUAAAAAAAUUGAAUAUCUUAUAAAUGUUUAACUAGGUAGAAAUAAUUUGCAUAUGUUUGUGAUUCUGAUAAAUUUUGUCAACAUUUGAAGUUCAAAUGCUAAUAAAAAAAAAAAUCAUGCCUAUCUUUAAUAUUUUUAAGGUGCUACAACUUGUGAGGAAUCUUCUAUUACAUUUUCAAGUAUUUUGAUUAAAUAAAAAAUUAUUAAUUGAAAAUAAUUGAAAAAAAUAUCAAAAAAUUUCUUGUAACUAAAUAUAGCUCAAAAAGAGUCAAAAUAAUUUUAAAAAGUUAUCCUGUAUGGGAAAUGAUUAUAAAAACAUUUGGUGAAAAUUUAAAGUACUUAUGGUUAUUAAUUUUUAUGUUUCUACUAAAGUAGAAAAUCAAAUAAUUUUUAUUGCCCCAAAACCACGGAUUGGAACCUUUAUGAUUUUAUCGGUUUGGGUUUAGGUUUCUGUUCUCAAAAACCCAAAAUUUCACUUUUGGUUUAGGUUUUUAAAAAUAUCAAAUUUCGGUUUGGGUUUUGGUUAAUACCGGUUUUAACCCUUAUUAUAAGACUUAUUUUAUUUUAUUUUUAACAAUAAAGUACUAUAUAAAAAAAUUAACAUAUAUUAAUAACCUCUAUUUAGUGACAGGUAUUUGUAAUUAAGUGUAACUUUUUCAGAAUUUAGGUAAUAUUAUUAAAAAUGAAUUAUUAAAAAUAAUAAAGUAAAAUCAAUAACUAAAUUUUAAUAUUUAAAAUAAAUAAAAAAUUAUUAUUAAAAAAAAAUAAGAAUGAAUUUUUGACACACUUGGGUAACCCAUGUUUCAGUUUGAUAUAAAAAUGUAUAAAAAUAUAAAUUUAAACAAUAUAUAUAUAACGCGGUAACGUAGACGGAAGAACAGUUCAGUAGUUGGUACAGUUGAAGUGUCGUUCAGAGCAUAGUAAAGAGUUAACGAUACCCAUAUUAGGUUUAGGUAUUAAUAUUAUCAAUGCAGGCAUAUUAGUAAGGUAACAAUUAUAAUUUAUAAUUUAUAUGACAACUUACUCUGAAUUCUGAAACACUUAUAAACGUCCUAAUUGCUAUUAUAUUCAGAAAUUCUACAUCAGCUAUUGUGAAUUGCGAUUUGCGAUUCAAUAAUAAUAUUAAUAUCGAUUACAUGGAAAUUAGAAUUUGGAUUUUUGGUAUUUCUUUUAUGACAAUUCAGUUGUACACAUAAUACUAUUCUUAUUUCUUACCAUUGAUAAACUUUUAUAGGUCUACGAUUUUAUAAUUAUUUAUUAUUACUAAUAAUAUUAGUCAUUACCUACUUACACCGUAUAAAUAAACACCACACUAAUAUAAAUCAACAAUUUCUUAUGCUGUCUAUUAUAUAGAUCAAAAUAAGGCAAAUUAUUUUGGAAGUUUUAUAGUGUAUAGACAAUGGUAAUAAAAGCAUUCAUUGAAAAUUUAAUGUAGUAUUGAUAGAGUUUUUUAUAUGGUAAUUUAUAGAGUUUCACCAAUAACCAAAAUCAAUUAGAUCAAAAACCGUUUUUCCUUUAUUUUUUUUAUUUUUUGCAACACCUUGGAAAUCUACUGGGAAUUUUAAAAUUAAAAUUUUUUUGACUUAAUAAAAGAGAAAAAAAUGGUUAUUUUUACACAAAACCAAUUUUGGUGUGACUCAAAAAUUAAUAAUCAUAGACAUUUUCCCCAAUUUAUAAUAGCAUAUUCCAUAAAUAUUAAGUUUUUUUUUAUAUUAAUAUAAGUUCAAAAAUAUUAAAGAUACUUAGUCACAAUUAUUUUCUUAAUGCAUUUAAAUUUCUAAUGUUGACAAAAUUCAUCAAUAUUUCGCAAAAUGUUCAAACUAUUUUUUAGUUAAAGUUUUUCCUCACUUAACUAACAUUAGACAUUUUGAUAGAAGACUCUCCACACAUUUUUCUACCUCAAUAGAUGCAUAGAUGAUUAUAUUUUCAUCGGUAAAUUAACAAAUUUUCAUUCUAUCAGUUUUAUAUAGCAUGAUAUUUUAUUACAAUUUGAAAACAAAUAAUCCUAGAUACUUUCACCAAAUAUUUAAAUGACCAUUUUCUGAAACCAUAAAAAAAAUGCCUACAAGCAAAUAAAUUAAAUUUUUAUGAGCGUUUGAAGUUCAUAUUUUUACAAUAUUGGAUAUUCACUCGAUUUAUCAUUUAGCGGUUUUGUUAUUUUGUUGUAACUCAAAAAACGAAUAACGUUAGACUUGAAAUUUAUAUCAUAUUUUUAUUUUAUCAAUUCCUAUACUUAUAAAAUUUUUCAAAAUAUUUUGACUUGUUUUGAGGUGUUUACGGGCAAUUUCAAAUUUCAAUUUUUUUUAGUUUAUUUUCUAUGAAUAUCAAUAAGGUUUUAUUUGUUGGGCCAAAAAGCGUCAACAUUUAAUACAAGUUGAGAAUUUACAAAUUAUUAAUAGUUAACAAUUUAUAAAAUGUUCAACUUUUAUAGCUAAGGUUUAAAAAUUUAAAUAAAAAUUCCUCGGAAGUAAUUAAUUCUGUUACCAAAAUUGUUGACGUAUUUCCCAAUGACUUUAUUUCCAAACUGUCAACCAUAUUUAUUAACUUAUUGAAUUAUAUUUAUAUAAAUAUUAUUAUUUAUAGGUACUAUUGUUCUGUGAUUGUGCUAAUAUAGAAUAAUUUACUAGAGGGCUAGUAUAUAAUAUAUAAAAACCCAAAUCCUUUAUGGGCUAUGGUAGUAAGCUGUAGCCUGGAUAUUGUAACUAAGAUAAUACCAUUGAAUAUUGAUUGUAAAUACUAUCUAGCUUGACUAGGAUCUCUAGUAAAUACUAUCAUGGAUCAGCAGUACAAAAUCAUAGAUAAUAUAAGAUUCUUAUAUUAUUAUCUAUGUACAAACUACAAAAUAGUCGGCAGAAUUUACUAGCAUACGGAGGACGCACACCCUGCAUAUUGUGUUGUCUGCGUCUUACAAAUGUACAACAUAGCAAAAACUGUUUUGGCGCGAAAAAGAACCGAAAAGGCUACAGUAAUAACUAAUAACCGAGAAACGAGAUUUUCAACUCGUAAAAAGGAGAACUUUGGUCUCUACUCUCUAGGUAUGCAAUAUCUUUUUUAUUUUUUCGAUAUCAGAACUACAAAAAAAAUUAUUAAAGUUUGAAAAACACAAACAGUAAUGAAGUAUGAAACAAUAACAAUUUUUUUCGUAUAACUAAUAUCAAAAAAAAAUAAAACCGAUAUUGCACAGCCUAAGUUAUCCGUUUUAUUUUUUAUUUAGUGAAAAUUUCGUUUCUUCAUUAUUACCAUAGAACAAUUUAUUACUGCUUUAUCCAUGUCUGUUGUCUUUGCGCCAAAACAGUGUUUACUAUGUUUGACAUUUAUAAGACUGACAUAACAUAUCCAGGUGUGGUGUCCUCAAGUUAAUAGGUAUAUGGGGUGUAGCGUACUAUAUAGUGUCCUCACUCCUCUGAUGUAUAGGAAGUACAUUAAUUUUUAUUUGUAUAACAUAAUCUCAAUAUUUAAACAAAUACUGGAAAUUAUGAAAAGAAACCUGUAAAUUACUUGAAAGAAUGUCUAGGUCCCGAAAAUUGAAAUUAACUAUUAUAUUCUUCAUUUGGUCAAACUGUCUCAAGUGUAAACAACUCAUGAACCAACCUUAUUUCUAUAUUCUAUGGUCACUGGUAUACUACUAUACUGUAUAAAUGGUAUUCCGAAUUUCCCAUUUUGCAUUUAAUGUUUUAAAUUAUAUUAUUUAUUAUACGCGAUCCCUCACAUAACACAUUACUCCGUAGUCAGUACUCUUGAACUUGAUUUUGUCGUGGUAAAUUAAUAUUGUGUCCGACGUUGGACGUACCUCGUUCGUUCUUUAUAUUAAGUAUAUUCCGUCCACAUUUUACGGUGUACACAUAUUUCGUUCAUACUGUAUUAUUAUCUCAG